CACCUGCGGGCUUCCGGUCACGUUCCUCCGGCUCCGCGGGCCGCCAUCGCUAUGGAGGAACCGGAGAUGCAGCUCAAGGGGAAGAAAGUCACGGACAAGUUCACUGAGAGCAUCUAUGUCCUGGCCAACGAGCCCUCUGUGGCCCUCUACCGGCUGCAGGAGCACGUGCGCCGCUCCCUGCCUGAGCUGGCCCAGCACAAGGCCGACAUGCAGCGGUGGGAGGAGCAGAGCCAGGGAGCCAUCUACACCGUGGAGUAUGCCUGCAGUGCCGUGAAGAACCUGGUCGACAGCAGUGUCUACUUCCGCAGCGUCGAGGGGCUGCUCAAACAGGCCAUCAGCAUCCGGGACCACAUGAACGCCACCGUGCAGGGCCACAGCCCCGAGGAACUGCCUCCGCCCUCCUCAGCCUGAUUCCGGAGGAGACUUGGAGGCCCUUCGGCCUCUCGACCCAGGU